UAGAUUGGGAAGCUUUAAGUUCCCCUCGGAACCAGAAAAGGAGGUCAGGCUCGACAGUGACUGGUAGCUGGUCUCAUCACCCUCGUACGCAUAGCAUCGCACAUCGUCUUGUGGCUUUGUUUGAUGUAAACGACCCAUUGCUUUGCUCCCGGAUUAUGAUGUGUGCCGAUUUGUUAGCUGGGAAUCAGUCCUGCGCCAGCUGUCAAAGUAACAAUCAAACCGAAAGGAGAAAAGCGUCUCGAAUUUUGCGGACCUUUUGAUAUUGUAAUUGUAAACUGUUUUACACAAAUUAACUUGAAGAAACCCCUCCCACGUAGUUAAUAAACGAUGUCGCUGGUGUGCAGUAUAUCGAACGAAGUACCGGAACAUCCUUGUAUAUCGCCGAAAUCGGGUGCUAUCUUUGAGCGCCGGCUGAUUGAGAAGUACAUCGUAGAGAAUGAGUGCGAUCCAAUCAACGGACAGCCGCUAACGGCGGAAGAAUUGAUCGAUGUGAAAACUCCUCCGAUCGUGCGUCCGAAGCCACCGAGUGCAACGAGUAUUCCAGCCACACUGAAAACGAUGCAAGAUGAGUGGGACGCACUGAUGCUGCAUUCGUUUACCCAGCGGCAACAGCUACAAACCGCCCGCCAGGAACUGUCCCACGCACUCUACCAGCACGAUGCGGCCUGCCGUGUCAUCGCGCGACUCAACAAAGAGGUGGCCGCGGCCCGCGAAGCGUUAGCCACCCUGAAACCACAGACGGGUAUGUCUGCAAUCCAAGCCGCACCGCAACCGUCGAUUGCGUCGGAGGCGGGUGGUGUUGCUGCUCAGCCUAUCGAACAGGCUGGCAUGAGUGCGGAAGUCAUCCAGAAGCUACAGGACAAAGCGACCGUGCUUACGCAGGAGCGCAAGAAGAAGGGCCGUACCGUGCCGGAGGAGUUGGUUAGCCAGGAGAAGCUGCGCGGCUUUCUCACGCUCGCCUCCCAUCCCGGGUUGCAUUCUGCUAGUGUGCCCGGCAUUCUAGCGCUGGACAUCAAUCAUUCCGAUCAGAGCAAAAUCUUAACCGGUGGCAACGAUAAGAAUGCGACCGUAUUCAACAAAGACACGGAACAGAUCGUGGCCGUACUGAAGGGUCACACGAAGAAGGUGACGAAGGUAAUCUUCCACCCCGAGGAAGACACUGUCAUUACGGGCUCGCCGGACUGCAACAUACGCGUAUGGCAUGUGCCCACCUCCCAGACGCAGCUGCUGCUGCGAUGCCACGACGGGCCCGUAACUGGUCUUUCGCUCCACCCGACCGGAGAUUACGUGCUGUCCACCUCGUCCGACAAGCACUGGGCGUUCUCGGACAUACGGUCGGGCCGGUUGCUCACGAAGGUAGCGGAUACGGCAGAGUAUGGCCUCACGUCCGCUCAGUUCCAUCCGGACGGGCUGAUCUUCGGUACGGGCACGGAGGACUCGCAGGUGAAGAUCUGGGAUUUGAAGGAGCAAAGCAAUGUGGCAAACUUCGCGGGUCAUACCGGACCAAUCACGGCCAUUUCGUUCUCCGAGAACGGUUACUAUCUCGCCACCGCUGCGGAUGAUGCGUGCGUAAAGCUGUGGGAUUUGCGCAAGCUUAAAAACUUCAAAACCAUCCAGCUGGAUGAUGGUUACGAGGUGAAGGACCUGUGCUUCGACCAGAGCGGAACGUAUCUGUCGAUUGCCGGCACGGAUAUUCGUGUCUAUCUCUGCAAACAGUGGCAGGAGCUGAAGGUAUUCAAUGAUCACACGGCACUGGCAACGGGCGUUCGAUUUGGCAAACAUGCACAGUACAUCGCGUCGACGAGCAUGGACCGUACAUUGAAAUUGUACGGUAUUGAAUAAACGAGGCCGGAUGGAUUCACUUACCCUUCAAUUACAUACCGGUAGGAAUAGAGGUAGCAGUGCGCAAAGUGUGGCAUUCAUGUAAAAUCAUCUCCUUUUUGAUCAAUAAAUAAGCUACUGACGAUGAAA